AAAACCACCGGCUUUCUACCAAAAGUAAGUGAGGGAAUUCCAAAUUGGUGGUUCUUUAUAAGUAAAUGCUCACUCCAUAUUUCAGUUUACAACAAUAAACUACACAACGCAAACGACUACCACUAAAUAUGGGAUCGAUACUUGUAUCUCCAAAAGCUGUAUUAUACAGCCAAUCAUCUAUUAAAGGAGAAUUUACUGAUGGAAGAGCCUUUAAGGACAUGAUAGAAUCCAUAGCCACAAAAAAGCUUUCACCUAACGACCUUCCACCAAUUGAAGUAAUAGAGAAGGAUGGAAAGUUAUGGGCGAUAAGUGGAAAUAGAAGACUCUUCAAUUAUAAGCUCUUAAACCUCCUAGGAUUUUGUGAUAAAAUCAAAGUAAAAGUUCUGAAAAACUGUCGUCCAUAUUUAAUGAAGAAGAGGAUGACUUCAAAAACUGGAGGCAAGAGUAUCAAAAUCCGGGGUGAAAAUUCGAAGGAGUUAAUUGACGAACUAAUUCUUACAGCAAUUUUGGUAAAAUAUCUUCAUAUUGGAUGAGACCCGUUGAAUAUCUUCUGUAAUGAAUUGAUAUCUUGUGGGGCCCUCGGUGAAAAUAGAGUAAGAGCCGCAUGAUAACAUUACAAUAGCUAAUGAUUUAAGACCUAUGCAGGUGGAAAAUCGUAACAUAAUGGCAAUAACAUCCUGCAUUAUGAUUGACAUGCAUAACAGACUAGCAGUGUAUAUCAUACAGAGAAGUGAACAUUCAUAUGACAAUGUGAUGAACAUAUGAAUUGAUCAAUACCACCAUGUGACAAUCAAGACCUUAGGAAAUACAUUUAACAAAUGUGCAUUUCGUAGUUGUACAAUAUGGAGUAAUCAAAGCAUGAUGUCAUGGUGAUGCACAGCCAUAAACAUCAAUGACAAUACGUGAAACAAAACAAUACAGUAUAUAUUUGAAAUUUGAUGUCUGGUUAAGAUCAAAACUGUAUAAAUGUAGCAAAAUAUAUAUUUACAUCCAGUACCAAUAGCUAUAUCUCUAGUGCAC